UCGGAUCCUUUAUCACGCCUGCCGUAAAAUAUUCUUCUUUUCACGUGUGCUCGGCUUAUCUUAAUUGCGCUGUAAUCCUGGCUUAACGUACGGCAGGAUCACGCCGUAGGAAUAUCGCAGGAACAACGGCACCAUGACGCGGUAUCGGAUGGCUGCGUUGGCGCUCGUCCUGCUGCUGAUUUAUUUCUUCCGGCUCAUUUUCGCUUCCGGCGGCGAUCGUAGCCAGUACUAUCAGAAUUGUUUAAAAUUUUGCACCCUAGACAACUGCACCGAGACCGGUAUCUCGUACACGCGGGAGCUGCAGUGGAAGCAUAAUCCGAUCAAUAAAUUGCUGCUGUGGACGUGCUUCGACGAGUGCGGCUACGAAUGCAUGUGGAAGACGACCAACGCUUUCCACAACCGUAACUGGACCACUCCCCAGUUUUAUGGGAAAUGGCCGUUUGUGCGGUUUCUUGGCAUGCAGGAACCGGCCUCGGUACUGUUUUCCAUAGCCAAUCUCGCGACGCACUACAAAAUGAUGCAACGGUUUAAGCGAGAGGUCCGUCCCGAUAGCCCAAUGUUUUUGGAAUGGCGAGUGUUUUCCUACAUCUGCCUCAACGCGUGGGUUUGGUCGGCGAUCUUUCAUACCCGCGACUUCCCCGUUACCGAGCUGCUGGAUUAUACGUUCGCUUAUUCGAUGGUGCUUGCCUCGCUGCACUGUAUGGUGAUACGGAUGAUACACCGGUGGCCACUGCUCGUGCGCGGCACCUUCAGCACGCUCUGUUUAUUCUUUUUCAUUAACCACUUUUCGUAUCUUAGCAUUGGGCGAUUCGAUUAUUCGUACAAUAUGAAGGCAAACAUUGUUACCGGAAUGACCGGUGCCAUCGGAUGGAUGCUGUGGUGCUUGAUGCAGCGCAGAAAGCGUCGUUAUGUUUGGAAGUGUUUCCUGUUCGUCGUGCUGGCCACGUUGGCGCUCUUGCUGGAGGUAAACGAUUUCCCACCGAUACUGUGGACCUUUGAUGCGCACUCAAUAUGGCAUCUGGUAACGGCACCACUCACUGUACUGUUCUAUAGUUUUAUCAUUGAAGACUGUAAAUCACUACGAAAGGAAAUGGCGCUUAGUGAGGACGAGGAAAACCGGAAGCUACUCUAAAACACUAGCUCUCCACAUCCUCCUGGGCCCAUGACAAUAAUACGUUUAUUCAAGUGGUACGUGCGUCGUCGGUAGGAUAGGCACGCGAUCGGUAGCUGAAAAACAGCCAUUGAUCGCAUUUACAAAGUUUGUCUUAUAUACUUACCAUACUCUAGCUAGGUGUUCCUUACGCAAUGAACGGGUUUUUUCGGUCAAAUACGAACUACUACUUAUUCCUAAAUUACACCGUCAGUCAACGAUAGCAACGGUUUGCCAAAAUUACGAUAACUGUAAUGUACUGGAUAAGCGAAGAAGCAGUGAGUCACAGGUCCUCGAAGUAGAGUCAGGGAAGUAUGUCAAUUGUGUGCUGCUCUCGAAAUGCAUUCCCGAGUGAAAGUCUUAGCUGCACUCAACAUAACCGUGUCGCGACGUUUCUAGUCAUGCCAGGGCCACCAGGCACGGUGCAAAGCCAAUAGGCAGUAGAUAUUGUGCAGCAUAUUUAUUGGAAAAGUUGUUGUAUGGAAACUACUAUUUAAACACCAUUUCACUUGCACACCAGUGUCGUCCGAUGAUGGUGGUACGAUAGAAUAGGACCAGUUAUACACAGUUUAACCAUGUGAAUUUCUAUUCUAAAUAAAUUAUUUAACAAAAAGUGGUUGA